CAGUGGGAAAAUGUUUUGUAUGUUUCCUCUCAAAAGACUUGUGUUGCCACAAACAGUAAGUUACUGACCAUUAGUACACAUGAUACAUGUAUAUUGACGAAUUGUUUUAGUAUGUGUUUAAUAGUCAAAAGUAGGUCACAGUCCGUCCGUUUCCUGGAACGACUAGUAUUUCCAAGUAUUUCCCUGCAUUGUUAAAAUGUGUUAUUCCAGGAAAAACAAACGCGCAUCUUUUCAUGCGGUGUGUUUAUUGGAACAAGUCAACUAUAUUUUAAAUAUACAGAAAGCUAAAAGUUGCGUUACUUCAUCGCUGGAGCCAGUAUUCCAAUGUUCACAAGUCUGCCAUGCAGAUUCUCUCACAGCAGAGAAUGAGCACAUCAGCAGAUAACAUUGACAACUUCCUGUCUGUGACAUUCGGUUCCCCCGAUCUUGCCGCACACCUGUCUGAGACAAAGUGCAAGACAUUCUGUGAUUUCUUCAAGAGACUUUCACUGGAUGAAAAAAACGUUUUUCUCAAAACAAUGGCACAGCGUUAUGGUAUUAAUCAGGAUAGCGUGUUACAGAAUGCUAGAAGUGUUAUUCAGUGUCAGGACAGAGGUGAUGCGUGUCUGCUGAAGUCCGAAGAGCGUCUGAAGUUGUCUCUUGUCCCACGCUAUCAGCAACUGUUCACACAGAUCGGCCGACUGGACGGUGGAGUGAAGUUCCUCGUCGAUAUGAGGGCAGACAUCCUGGCGAGUAUGACUGCAAUGUCGUCGGAGGUGGACCUGUCGUAUUUCCAGGCUCUCAACUACUCGCUGAAGGAGCUGAUGGUCAUCUGGUUUUCUGUCGGCUUGCUGCAGCUACAGCGCAUCACCUGGGAGUCGUCCUGCGAUCUCGUCCAAAAGAUAAGUGACUAUGAGGCCGUUCACCCUAUCCGGAGCUGGUCGGACGUGAAGCAGCGGGUUGGUUCGUACAGGCGAUGUUUUGUCUUCACUCACAACGCCAUGCCGAGGGAACCAGUAGUCGUGCUGCACACUGCACUAACCAGUGAAAUAUCAUCUUCAAUUCAUUCAAUCAUUCAGUCACAGGGUUUGCGGAGACAGAGUGUCAGUCAGGCACAACGAAGUCCAGAAGCCCCGAUGUCUGAUAAUCUAGUCGAAGAGAAAGAAGAUCCAUCGAAAAUAUCAGCAGCUGUGUUUUACUCUAUCACGUCCACACUGAAAGGUUUGUCGGGAGUAGACAUGGGUAACUACCUAAUAAAGUGUGUUGUGCGGGAGCUUCAGUCAGAGCAUCCCCAGAUCAACCAGUUUUCUAGUCUCUCACCCAUCCCUGGAUUCAGGGACUGGCUAAUUGGGGAGGUCAACAAACACCUACAUUUAACAGGUAUUGGUGAACUGACCGAUGACCACUUGCUGACCGAUGAAGAGUGUGGUCAGCUGCAUCCUUACCGCCAGACAGACUCUCAGAGUGUUUUAGAGACUUUUAAAUUUUACAUCCAGACUCACCAGUGGAUAACAAACCCCGAUUUAACUCACAUUUUAAAAGUGCCGCUCAUGAGACUGUGUGCGAGGUAUCUGUACAUGGAGAAAAGAAGAGGGUAUGCUCUUAACCCCGUAGCAACAUUCCAUUUGCGUAAUGGAGCCGUGAUCUGGCGCCUCAACUGGAUGGCCGACACCUCGAUGAGAGGACUCUCCCAGUCGUGUGCAGUGAUGGUCAACUAUCGGUACUUCCUGGAAAAUACCGAAAAAAACAGUCGCAACUACCUAGAAAACCACAUCAUAGAAGGAUCCAAGGAAUUCAUCGACUUGGCCACAGGCAUCAGUCCCAGUCCUACAUAGUGAUCAAGUUGUUUGAGUUAUUCAGGCACAGUGUAGUCAUGUGGUAGAAAACCACAUCAUUGAUUUGUUCAGUCACAGUGUAGUCAUGUGGUAGAAAACCACAUCAUUGAGUUGUUCAGUCACAGUGUAGUCAUGUGGUAGAAAACCACAUCAUUGAGUUGUUCAGUCACAGUGUAGUCAUGUGGUAGAAAACCACAUCUUUGAGUUGUUCAGUCACAGUGUAGUCAUGUGGUAGAAAACCACAUCUUUGAGUUGUUCAGUCACAGUGUAGUCAUGUGGUAGAAAACCACAUCAUUGAGUUGUUCAGUCACAGUGUAGUCAUGUGGUAGAAAACCACAUCUUUGAGUUGUUCAGUCACAGUGUAGUCAUGUGGUAGAAAACCACAUCAUUGAGUUGUUCAGUCACAGUGUAGUCAUGUGGACAAAUCAAUGAAAAAAAAAAUCCUGAUAUAACUUUUUUCACAUUUUUCAUAUAGAUUUACAAAAUUCAAGUGACAUCCCACAAGUAUUUAACAGAACAGUCUAGUCAAAACAUACUUUCAACAUAAACAAACCUUUUCUAAGAAGUAUUGACCUUUGACCUGCUCUUUAUCUGUUUCCAACAUCUAUUAGUCAGGAAAGAGAGAUCGCCUGUCAAACUGGUAGUUCCAUUUUUUAAACUCGUCUGUCAGAAUUUUUACUCACAAUUGGUGAGCGUGCGAGUACAUUUUUAACCCUUGCAUGUCAAAUCAACUGAUAGUGCCUUAGUUCAAGUCCAGUGAAAAGGGUGAGUAGAAAAGCACAUGGGUAAAAGUGUGAGUGGUUCCUUCAAAUGACAGCCGGCACUGUGAAACCAGUGUGUCCUGCUGUGUCUUAUGCCACUGUGCCACUGACUUCUGUCAUUACAGAACAACUCGAAGAAUCUAACUUGCAAGACAGAAACCACCGUGUCCUGCUGUGUCUUAUGCCACUGUGUCACUAACUUCUGUGGUACUGAACAACUUAAAGAAUCUGACUUGAAAGACAGAAACCGGUGUCUUCUGCUGUGUCUUCUGCCACUGUAACUAACUUCUGUCAUCCUGAACAACUGAAAGAAUCUGACUUGAAAGACAGAAACCGGUGAAUUCUGCUGUGUCUUAUGCCACUGUGUCACUAACUUCUGUCGUCUUGAACAACUGAAAGUAUCUGACUUGAAAGACAGAAACCAGUGUAUUCUGCUAUGUCUUAUGCUACUCUAUUACUGUCAUUACUUAACAACACAAAGUAUCCGACAGAAAUGAGCUCCACCCAAGUGUCUGUCCUGGUGUGGUUGUUUUGUGUGUUUAUCAUCAGUGUAUCUAUCUCUCCAUUGUUCACACUGUGUAUUUCUCACCUCCAUGUUUGUUCUGUUCGUGUGGAAGCUGUAAGACACAGUAUGUUGUAGCUCUUUAGGGUGGGUGGAGCAUCAUGAUGGCAACAGAGAACCAAGUGUUGUAGACAUUGAACAAUUCUGUCUGAGAAGAUGACAAUCAGAAAAUACUAGUUCAGCAGAAAGAGGUAUAUGGAUACCUCUAUCCUCAUUGAUCUCUUCAUUGUGUUUUUAACAUAGGUCAGUUAGUGCAGUCCUUGAUGUUACAUAUUGUUAAUAUAUAUAUUUAGCCAUAAUGCAGUUUGCAUGGUCUUGUAUAAAUGGGAACAUUCAAGAAUCGGUGAGUUGUUACUUGCAGUACUUGUUGUUUUGUUCAAGUACAAUGGAAGACUAAUUAAAUAUUGUGUCUACUU